AUGGGAUGUGUAACUUAGAGACAAAAGAAGGAUUUUAUCUUUUCUACAAUUCCCGUAUAAGAAUAACGAGAGGAGGAUCUAGACGAGUGGACAAAAGUCAUUCAAAAGUAGCAGGGCAGGCAUGGGAAUCAUUCAGGAAGGGCGAUUCUGACUAAAAGCAAAACUCUAUCAGCUAGAUAUCAUCAACCUCUGGAACAAAUUGAUGAAGAAGAAGUGUGA